AUGCAGACCGCAACAAGACUUGUCUCCUGCCGUCGCGCACCCACCUUUAUACACAGAUCUGCCACCGCCAGUACUAUUCCAUUCAGGACCAUGUCUUCCGGUGCUGCGAAUCUGACUGCUCCAACCACACCAUCGGUCAAGCACAAGUUCGUGGUAUGGGCGCCCGACCAGGCCGACGCCCUUACGCGCCGUCUAAGCGUACGCUCUUCACAUCUGGAGACGGCUGGGAAGUUGAAGCAGGACGGGAUACUCCUGUACGGCGGUGCAAUGCUCACCCCGGAGUCUGUCGCAGCCAUCCAGCCUUCUGAAAAGAAGAUGACAGGAUCGAUGCUUCUGUUCGAGGCCGAGAGCAUAGAUACGGUCCGCGAGCUUGUCGAGAAGGAUGUUUACUACGUGAACAAUGUGUGGGAUACGCAGAAGAUCGUCAUCGCGCCGUUUGUUGGUGCCAUGCCCUGGCCAGCGAACUGA